AGUCCUGCAGCCAAUUUAACUUCAAAGAAAAGGAUAACGUAAAGUAAAAUAAAAACAAACAAAAGUACAUCAUGAAGUUGAUAAAUUAAUUGAAUCUCUGAAACUCCAUCCGAACAACGUAGCAAAGAAAGGAUAAACCAAAGUCGGAACCGUCGACCGGAAGACAAUGUUAAAUAUAUUUAUGUUAAAAAUACUACUCAUUACGCUAUGGAUACUCAAUGCUCCCACAAAGGCCCUGUGUCGCCAUCAUGGUCGUAGUGGUGGCGGUGGCUUGGGAGGCGGCCGUUAUCGAUCCUCACAAAUGCAACACAUUGCCAAUAUCGAUGUGCGUGAUAAAAUCCUCGAACUACAAUGCUAUGCUAAAUGCCAGGACAGCUCGAGCAGCAGCAGCGGCAGCAGUUCCAAUGGCGGUGGAACACGCUACCUUGGCGACUGUGAAUCAUGUCGCAAACAAUGCCAAAUCGAUAUGAUCAAAGCGCCGCGUCGCGGCUAUUGUCCGGUCAUGCAGAAUGCCAUCUUUCAAAACAUCAACAUCCAGCCGCUGCAGAAACUCUCGUGCCUGGAUAACUGCAGCUAUGACUUCGAUUGUCCCGAAGUGCAGAAAUGCUGUAGCUCCGCAUGCGGACCCGUUUGCAUGCAGCCAAUUGGGGUGCGUGACGACAGUCUGCUGCCGCCAAUACCAAAGAUACUUAAGUGCACGCUGAUCGCCCGAGAGCUAAAAGUCGAAAUCACAUUGCAAUCGAAUUCGUCAUACUAUUUUCAUGUCGAGAUACGUCAUCACAUCGGGUCGCAGCUAUCGCCACGCAAACUGAGUGCCUGGCAGUAUCAGCCGGUUGAACUAUUGGCUGAGGUAUUAGAUUUAAAUAGAAUGUUAACCACUGUAGGAUUUUAUUUAAGGCCUGGUCGCUGGUAUCAGGUGCGUGUGGCAGCCAUCAAUGCUUAUGGUUUUCGUGGCUAUUCGGAACCAUCGCAAGCAUUUACUUUACCAAAUCAUCCUAAACCACCAAAACCUCCGGCUGAUCUAAAGGUUGUCUCCUCACAUUACGAUGGCCAGCGUGUGACCAUCAAAAUCGUGUGGUGUGCCUCCAAAUCGAAUUUGCCCAUAGAAAAAUAUAAAAUAAUUUGGUCACUUUAUGUAAAUACAUUUCAUGAGUCCUUUGUAUCGAAUGAGGCCUAUGUCAAGGAUCGUCAUCAAUAUGAAAUUACCAAACUUAUUCCUGAUUCUAGUUACUACAUACAAGUGCAAGCCUUGUCUAUAAAUGGACGUAAACGCCUUAAAUCGGAAAAACACUCAAUCCUCUACAAUACCACAAUUGUGCCAACACAAACCUUUGAGCCGCUGAAAUGUGGCAGGGAUCAACAGCAGCAGCAGCCACACCAACAGCAGAUAUCAACACGUGACAGUGAUGGCCUGAGUGCCAAUGCCCUGUCAUCCAUCGAUGAGCGUUACUAUACGAAAAAAUAUUCCCUAAAUGAUGCCUCUCUUGCCGAUACACCAUCCACCUCAUCGUUGUCAAUAAAAAAUAGUACUUAUUCAUCAUCGGCGACGACAUCAUCAUCCUCGUCGUCCUCAUCUUCAACAAAAUCCAUGGAUACAUUUGAAGUAAAAUAUCGUUUAAAUCGCAAACUUGGCAUGCUGGUGGUCAUAUCAGGAUUCCAUCCAAAGGAGGAAAAAAUAUAUGAACUUUGUCCGCUGCAAACAAAUUGCGAAGAAGGUGAAUACAAUGCCAUACGUGUUAAUAAGGACUCCCUGGUCUUUAGCAAACUAAGCUACAAUACCGUCUACACAUUUAAGCCACGCAGUAAUUCCGUCAACGAUAUGGAUGGCAUGAAGGCCAUAACAUUUACCACACCGAAAUGUGAGAAUUUUCGCAAAGGAUUUCCAAAAGCUAAUAUUAAGUGUUAAUUAUAUAAAACUAAUAACUACAACUAAAAAACUAAACAGGAAAAAUAAAAAUAUUAUAAAACAACAGGAUUUUUUUAAAUACUCAAUAGAAAA